AUUAUUAGCAAUUUCUUGACACUUUUGAAUGUCUCUCCAGGCAGCCUAUAAUGUCAUUGCUUACAAGGACAAACCACGCUUGCGGAGCGCUUUAGAAAUGCUUAGAACUACUCAAGAAAUAGAACGGCGGUUGAAUGAAGUCUCUCUACCAUUGUUAAUCCUUCAUGGGGAUGCUGACACGGUGACUGAUCCAUCAGUGAGCAAAGCCUUGUAUGAGAAAGCAAGCUGUUCAGACAAGAAGCUUAAGCUUUACAAUGAUGCCUACCAUGCUCUUCUUGCGGGUGAGCCUGAUGAAGUAAUAAUUCAAGUUUUUGGUGACAUCAUUUCUUGGCUUGAUGACCACAGCUUGAAACAUUAUCAAUCUUCACCUUGAUACUAUUCAAAAGAAGAAUAUUCAGAUUGUUUUCAGUUGAUAUUUACUUCUACUUUGGUAGAUUGAACAUCAAAAUUUGAAGUUGUUUAUUCUUUACCAUCUUAGUCAAUUACUAGUGUAGCAUUGUUUAAUGUGAAUAAUACAGAAAUAAAGAAAUAUAGUGGGAAUGCAAAAUCUAUUGGCCCUUAAGCUUGCUUGAUUAAGGUUUAA